GCAGUGUAGGGAGAGUAGCUGCAGAGAGCAGACGUGCUUCUGCAUCGAGCUUCAGGACCAGAACCAGACCAGCAGGCAGGGUAGCAGCAGGACAGUCUGCAGCAACAUUCAUCCUUAACCGGGGGUCUUGCAGUAAAGCAUGAUUAUUUACAAGGUCUUUGAGUUCCUGGACCUGACAGGCUGGCUGGUGUUCAUCUCAGUCUUUCUGCUGGUGGCGGAUAUGGUCAGAAACAGGAUUCCACCCAACUUCCCUCCCGGACCCCGACCCCUACCGUUCCUGGGAAAUGUCUUCACGGGAGUGGACUUCAAGACCAUGACAAAGCUGUCUGAGGAGUACGGGCCUGUGUUCAGCUUGAGGAGGGGAAGUGAGAGGGUUGUGAUUGUGUCCAGCUACAAGAUGGUGAAGGAAGCUCUGGUGAAUCAGCUGGACAGCUUUGCUGAUCGCCCCAUCAUCCCGUUGUUCCAUGUUGUCUUCAAAGGAAUCGGCAUAUCUUUAAGCAAUGGCUAUGUGUGGAAGAUGCAGAGGAAGUUUGCCAACACCCACCUGCGUCAGUUUGGCGGGGGGAAGAAGACCUUGGAGAAAAACAUUGAACAGGAGAGAACCUUCCUCUGUGAGGCGUUUCAAGAAAAACAAGGAAUGCCUUUCAAUCCACAUUACUUUCUAAAAAACGCUGUGGGAAACGUGAUCUCCUGUGUGGUGUUUGGUCAUCGUUUUGACUACAGAGACGACAACUUCCAGAACAUUCUGCGCUUGGACAAUGAAGCCGUCCUACUGUCUGGCACAGCAAGAGCUCAGCUGUACGAUGCUUUCCCCGGCCUCUUCAGUUACCUGCCAGGACCACAUCACACCAUCCACGCCAACUACCGCCAAAUCAUCAACUUCCUAGAGAAGGAGGUGGAGGCGCACCAGAAGGACUGGGACCCCGAGGAUCCCCGAGAUUUCAUCGACACGUACCUGACGGAGAUCGGCCAGAGGAUGGAGGACCCUAAAGCUGGCUUCAACAUUGAGUCACUGGUGGAGUGCAUCCUGGACCUGAUUGAGGCUGGAACAGAGUCUGCAGCCACUACUUUACGCUGGGCCCUGGUCUACAUGAUGAACUACCCAGAGAUUCAAGAGAAGGUCCAGGCUGAGAUAGACAGCGUGAUUGGACAGUCGCGGCAGCCCAACAUGUCCGACAGACCCAACAUGCCCUACACGGAAGCUGUCAUCCAUGAAACCCAGCGGUUGGGAAACAUCGUCCCAUUGGGCUUCCCUAAAAUGGCCAGCAAAGACUCCACUAUAGGGGGGUAUUUCAUACCCAAGGGGACUGCGAUUAUAACCAACCUCGCUACGGUGCUGUUCGAUAAGAACGAGUGGGAGACUCCAGACUCCUUCAACCCAGGACACUUCUUAGACUCACAAGGCCAGUUCCAGAAAAGAGAGGCCUUCAUGCCAUUCUCAGCAGGCAGGAGAGUGUGUCUGGGGGAGAACCUGGCCAGGAUGGAGCUGUUCAUCUUCUUCACCUCAAUGCUCCAGAGGUUCACCUUCUCUCCUCCACCUGGAGAGAUGCCCAGCAUGGAGGGACUCAUGGGGUUCACCUACUCCCCUGAGGAGUUCCUGGUGCAAGCCCACCUGCGUUGAUCCCUCUGGCUUGCUGUAGCCGGUCCUUUGAGAACCAGGGGAGCCUCCUGAAAGGGUUGUAGAAAAAACAUCACACUGCUGUAAUUAUGAUGAUGGAGAAAUGAUCAUGGUUUAUAUGAUUGAUAUAGAACCACUUAAUCACCUUUUUUACUUUUAUAUAUUAUUGAAAACCAGAUGCAAAGCUGUUGAUUGAUUAGAAUUGCCACUAAAGGCCAAAUGUGGAAGACCAGAUAGAUAGAGUUUGAGUGCCAGAGAGAGAAGUAUGUGUGUAGGCCUCUCCCAUGAAGGACUACAUAGCCCAGAUAUUGAGAACUACAACCGCCUGAUGUCAGGGGACAGAUUUAUGUCCUUAGACUCAGUGUCCCUGUGCAGCUGGGCGGCAAGGCCUCACGAGGGCCCUGGAAGGGGAAGGUAGAGGAAAAGUACUGGUAAUGUAAAUUUUGUGACGAUUGACCAACCGGGUGUGAAAUACAUAAAUGCAUCUGUGACCAGAGAUAAUGUACCAAUGACAAAAGAUCUUAAAAUAAUGGAAAGUAGAUAUAUAGGCAAAUGUCCGGAGAAAAAGGCCAGUCAGACUCCGGAGUCUACUUACGUUUGUUGGAAUCAAUCCUUUGUGUUGGAUUCGAAUAAACACUUUGCAUCUUACUUUUCUGCCUUUUCCGUGCUGUUUUAAAACUUGGAUAUUGGAUAAAAAACUUGGAUAUUGGAUAAAAACUUGGAUUAUUGUACUUUGACAAAAGGCUGGAGGACUUGGCUACUGGAACUACCAUUCUCUAUGUAGGGUGUGGUGUUACUACAUUAUAUAACCAGGUGACAUGCUUAAACGCUAGAAAAGUUAGUAAGUACGUAAUAUGUUGCACACAUCUUUUCUGACAAUCCUGUUAAAAUAUACAGCAAGACUGACUUUCUUCGUAAUUGUUUUUCCCCUGAACUAAAAGUACUAAAAGUAUACAUUAUUCAAAAACUGCUUGUUAUGACUUGUUUUACAUACCACUGACUUCUUGCUAUGAUGAACUUUGCUUCAAGUAAUGCACGUGGCUAAUGAUUGGUGAAUGACUACAGAAAAUGUGAGUUUGUGCUGGAGUUAAGUGUUAAGUUCCUAGAAUCAUUUACAGGAUCAAGUUCAGUUCUGUAGCUCAUGAAACGUUUAUAAUCUCUGUCCAAAUAAAACAGGAGACAUUCCCCAACAGUUCAA